AUAUCCGGUCCUAGUUAUAUUUAGAGAUAUUCUCUACCAAUGGUUAUGAUGUGUUCGUUUGACCACUAUAGGUUUAAGCAACAAUGAUUCGGUUGUUCGCCGUCGUCUGUCUUCUGGUGUGGAGCUUCUCUGCGCUUGCGAUUCUCGACCCCGUUGACUUCUUGGCCCUCCAAGCCAUGCGGAAGAGCUUGAGCGACUUGCCCGGUUCUAACUUCUUCGAUUCCUGGGAUUUCACUUCCGACCCCUGCAACUUCCCUGGAGUUUUCUGCGACGGUGACAAUGUGAUCUCCUUGAAUCUCGGCGACCCGCGGGCCGGGUCGUCCGGAUUGACCGGGCAGAUUGAUCCGGCUGUGGGUAAGCUUUCUCGUCUCGCUGAGUUUACUGUGGUUCCGGGGAAGAUAAAGGGGUCCUUGCCGGAAACUCUCUCGCAGUUGAAGAACCUUCGGUUUCUCGGGAUCAGCCGGAACCUUCUCUCCGGCGAGAUUCCGGGGUCGCUUGGACAGCUCCGGAGACUACAGACGCUCGAUCUCAGCUACAAUUUCUUCACGGGGAAUAUCUCUCCGGUCAUCGGAGCUUUGCCCGCGUUGUCCAAUGUCAUUCUCAGUCACAACCGUCUCACCGGCGCCGUUCCUCCGUUUGUCUCUCAAAGCCUAGCCCGAGUUGACCUCAAGCACAACAACCUCUCCGGUCCGGUUCCGCCCAACGCUUUCCCUCAGUCACUCCAGUACCUCUCUCUGUCGUGGAACCGGCUGACCGGCCCGGUCGAUCAGAUCAUAACCCGGCUUAACAGGCUGAACUAUCUCGACCUGAGCUCGAACCGUUUCACCGGCAACAUCCCGGUGACCGUCUUCAAAUUCCCGAUCACAAAUCUCCAGCUCCAAAGAAACAGACUUUCCGGCCCGGUUCAACCCACCGACCAGGUUGCCAUCCAGACCGUGGAUCUCAGCUUCAACCGCCUGUACGGCGAAAUAUCUCCCCUGUUCGCGACGGUGCAGAAUCUAUACCUGAACAACAAUCAGUUCACCGGCGACGUCCCGACGAGCAUCGUUGACCGUUUACUCUCGGCGGGCAUACAGGUUCUUUACUUGCAGCACAACUAUCUGACCGGGAUCUCGAUAACGCCGGCGGCGGAAAUUCCGGUCAGCAGCUCGCUGUGUUUGCAGUAUAAUUGCAUGGUGCUGCCCGUACAGAGCCCUUGCCCGUUGAGAGCAGGGAAGCAGAAGACUAGGCCCACAGAGCAGUGCAUUGGAUGGAAGGGCAAAACGGGGAAAUGACAGGAGUUUCUCCUUUAUUUAUAGGAGAGGAUAAAGACCAAAACACAAAAGGAAUUCUAUUCCUACAAGGAAACAAAUCACUAAAUAUGAACAAGGAAACAAAUCAAGAGCAAUCCCACUU